AUGCAAGUUCGGAGCUCUGCCGUAGCCCUUCACGGCCUCCACUCGGCCUCGACCAGCAGCGUCAGAUUGUCUUCUCGUCGCUCGGUUUUCUCUUCGUCUGCCUGUUUUUCCACUUCUGCAGCCAGACCGGUCUCCAACAACAGCAACAACAACUCCAUCGUCGCCAACAGCCGCCUACGUCCUGCGCUCGCCGCGACCAAACUGCAUUCUUCUGUCGGCGGACUUCUCUCCGCUUCAUCCCACGUGCGCACAAUGGCCUCGCAAGUGUCGAAAAUCAAGGUCAAGAGCCCUGUCGUCGAACUCGAUGGGGACGAGAUGACCAGGAUUAUCUGGCAGGACAUCAAGGACAAGUUCAUCUUCCCGUAUCUCGAGAUUGACCUGAAGUACUAUGACUUGGGCCUCGAAUACCGUGACCAGACCGAUGACAAGGUUACUGUCGAUGCCGCCGAGGCUAUCAAGAAGUAUGGAGUUGGCGUCAAGUGCGCCACAAUCACUCCUGACGAAGCCCGCGUGAAGGAAUUCCAUUUGAAGAAGAUGUGGCUGUCUCCGAACGGCACUAUUCGAAACAUCCUAGGCGGAACUGUCUUCCGCGAGCCCAUUGUCAUCCCCAACAUCCCGCGGCUGGUCCCCGGCUGGACAAAGCCCAUCAUCAUCGGCCGCCAUGCCUUUGGCGACCAAUACCGGGCUGCUGACCGCCUCAUCCCCGGCGAAGGCACGCUAGAGCUUGUCUACACGCCCAAGGGCGGCGAGCCAGAGCGCAUCAAGGUGUACGAAUUCUCCGGGCCCGGUAUUGCGCAGACGCAGUACAACACGGAUGACUCGAUCCGCGGCUUUGCGCAUGCCAGUUUCAAGAUGGCGCUCCUCAAGGGCCUGCCGCUGUACAUGAGCACCAAGAACACGAUCCUGAAGAAGUACGAUGGUCGCUUUAAGGAUAUCUUCCAGGAGAUCUACGAGAGCGACUACAAGAAGGAUUUCGAGGCCAAGAAGCUCUGGUACGAGCACCGUCUGAUUGACGACAUGGUUGCGCAGAUGAUCAAGAGCGAGGGCGGCUUCGUCAUUGCCAUGAAGAACUACGACGGCGACGUGCAAUCCGACAUUGUCGCCCAAGGCUUCGGCUCCCUGGGCCUCAUGACCUCCACGCUGGCCACGCCCGACGGCUCCGCAUUCGAGAGCGAAGCUGCACACGGCACCGUAACGCGACACUACCGCGAGCACCAAAAGGGCCGCGAGACAUCGACCAACCCCAUCGCAUCCAUCUUCGCCUGGACCCGCGGUCUCAUCCAGCGCGGCAAGCUCGACGGAACCCCCGAGCUGGUGGCCUUUGCCGAGAAAUUGGAAAAGGCCUGCGUCGACACGGUUAACGAGGAUGAGAUCAUGACCAAGGAUUUGGCGCUGGCGCGUGGGCGCAAGGACCGCGAGGCCUGGGUGACGACAAGGGAGUAUUUGGAGGCUGUUGAGAAGAGGUUGAAGAGCGCGUUGUAA